AUGUCCAAGCAUAUUGCCAUCGUUGGGGCGGGGCCAUCCGGUCUGACCCUUGCAGCGCUGUUGCAACAUCACUCGAUUCCCUUUACCAUCUACGAGCGAGAGAAAUCUACCGGUUCUCGCUUUCAAGGAGGAUCUCUGGACCUUCAUCCAGAGUCUGGUCAACAGGCUUUGUUCGAAGCUGGCCUUCGGGCCCAGUUCCAAAAGUAUGCCCGAUAUCACGACCAGGACUACCGCUUUGGCGACAAAAAAGCUGUCACAUGGUUGUUUCAUCAAGCACCAGCUCACGCAGAUGGGCGUCCAGAAAUCGACCGCGCAAUGCUUCGCAAGAUACUCAUCGAGUCCCUUGAUCCAGGGAACAUUAAAUGGGACCACCGUGUCUUGGACGUAUCUCCACAGGCCGAUGGUCGCGUGAAAAUUUCUUUCGAAAACCAACACGAGCCAGUGGUAACUGACCUCCUUGUGGGUGCAGAUGGAACUUGGUCCAAGGUUCGGCCACUCCUAACCAACUGGGAGCCCGAGUAUACUGGCCUUACUGUCAUUGACUGCCGUAUCUCUGACCUGGAUGAAAGAUUCCCAAAGCUGGGAGAGUUCAUUGGCCGCGGUACCCACUUUUGUCUUUCCGAAGGCAGUGGAAUCUUUAUGCAACGAAAUGGAGAUGGUAGCGUGCGUGUCUAUCCUUGCCUGCGAGUCGAAGAGAACUGGGCUUCAAUGGAGGCCUCUUUCGACUGGAGUGACCAGAAAAAAAUGACUGAUUUCCUGAUUGAUUCCUUCUUUGCAACCUGGGAACCUCGCCUCCAGGAUGUCAUCCGCAAUGUUGACGCGAGCAUGACUCCACGUGCCCAGUAUCGCAUGCCCCUAGGGCUGCGUUACAACCACCAGCAAGGCCUGACCUUAAUCGGCGAUUCGUUGCACGUGAUGUCAUGGUUUGCUGGGGAAGGUGCAAAUUUGGCCAUGCUGGACGCCUUGGAUCUUUUUCACGAAAUCUACGCUCACCCUGAAGAUUUGGAUCUGGCAGUGCGUUGCUAUGAAGCAAAAGUGGUAGCCAGUGGACGGGCGGAUGUGACGAACGAAAUGUCACAAGACCUACUUGUCAAGGCUAUGUCAGAUGACGCCCCUCGAGCAUACGUCGAAGGGAUGGCCAAGGCAAUGGACGUUUGGUUUGCGGACGGGAAGUUGCUGGACAGUUUGGAUGGAGACGCAUUGUAUAGUAACUGA